AUGGCCGAUGAAAUAUCAAGCUUUUGGGGUCCCGUGUCAUCAACACAUGAGUGGUGUGAGCCAAAUUAUGUCUACUCUUCCUAUAUUGCCGAAUUUUUCAACACAAUCUCGAAUGUCCCAAGCAUUAUUUUAGCACUCCUUGGUCUUGUGGUUUCGUUGAGCCAACGUUUUGAGAAAAGAUUUAGCGUCCUUCACAUAUCUAAUAUGAUACUUGCUAUCGGCAGCAUGCUAUAUCACUCAACGUUGCAGCAGCUGCAACAGCAAGGUGAUGAAACACCUAUGGUGUGGGAAAUGCUCCUCUAUAUCUACAUCCUGUACUCGCCAGAUUGGCACUAUCAAAGUACAAUGCCCACCUUCUUGUUCCUCUAUGGUGCGGUAUUUGCUAUUGCACACUCACAGCUCCGCUUUGAUAUUGGUUUUAAGGGUCAUGCACUGUGGCAUCUCUUGAUGGGUUUUAACUCAUACUUUGCAAAUACAUUCUUGAUGUAUUGCCGAGCUCAACAACGAGGAUGGGACCCAAGAGUUAAGCACUUGUUAGGAUAUUUCCCUUAUGUGAAGAUUCAAAAACCGAAAGCCCCGUAG